ACUGCUCCAUUUUGUACUUUUCACCAUUCGCCAUUAACAGUCUAUUCUAUCAUUUGUAGCAAACAAUAAAAUUUUACAUGAGGCUAUUAGGGGGUGGGGGCCUGAUAACUUAUUGCCUAUAAUAUGAAAUUAUUAUUUCUGAAUUAAUAAUACAAUCAAAAGAAAAUUAACAUGGGAUGCAAGUUUCAAUUUGAGGACAGCAAAAUAAAGAGCUCCACGUGAUCCUUUCAAGAGAAACAGAAGAAGAUGGAAAUAAUUAAACUUCCCCUUAUCAUUUGGAGGGAUCCACCUUAGACUUUUUACUCAGGUGAGUAAGACCCUGUAUUUAAACCCGUCACAAACUCUUGUCACUACAGACACAGAGAGGAAGAAAUGGGAAGGCCUCCUUGCUGCGAUAAAGUUGGUAUCAAGAAAGGACCAUGGACUCCAGAGGAAGAUAUAGUAUUAGUUUCCUAUAUCCAAGAACAUGGUCCGGGAAAUUGGCGAUCAGUACCUACCAACACUGGUUUGUUGAGGUGCAGCAAGAGUUGCAGGCUUAGAUGGACUAAUUACUUGAGACCUGGAAUCAAGAGGGGAAACUUCACUCCACAUGAAGAGGGGAUGAUAAUCCAUCUUCAAGCCUUAUUGGGAAACAAAUGGGCAGCUAUAGCUUCAUACCUUCCACAAAGAACAGAUAAUGAUAUCAAGAACUAUUGGAACACUCAUCUCAAGAAAAAGAUCAAGAAACUUCAAUCAGGUUUUGAUACGCAAUUGGCAUCCGAUUUACCAAAUUAUCGAUUUCUGUCCACAAGUUAUAACGAAAGGGGUGUCAACAGUAGCAGCCAGAAUGAUUCAUCAAGCGACGUCAAGUUAACCGAAAAUUCUAAUUCAAUAUAUGCCUCAAGCGCAGAGAAUAUAUCCCGAUUACUAAAAGGAUGGAUGUCAUCUCCCAAGAUUGGUUCUCAAAACAAUCCCACUGCUGAAUGUUGUGAGGGUACUACUGCUACUGCAGAAUCAGUUCAUUACUAUAGAUUGAGGGUUGAUCAGCAAGAGGGAAAUAAAGUAAUUCCAAGGGAUGAAUUUGAAUCCAUUUUGUCUUUUGAUCAAAGCAGAAAUGGAUUAGUCCGUGACAAGUCUUGUGAUUCUAGUCAAAGGGGCUCUGAGAUAAGUGGAAAUGAUGAAGAAAAAGUUAAGUUAGAUGUGCAUGAGCUGAAGCCAAAGAUGGAAAAUAAUCCUCCUCUGUCAUUUCUUGAGAAUUGGCUUCUGGAUGAAUCUGCAAAUCAUGAAGUUGAAGAAGUUAUGGGACUCCCACCAAUAUACUAGCUCAUUUUCAGUUAAAAUAAGCACCUAAUUUGCUAGAUGAGUCACUUAUUCUAUGAAGAAAAUAUGAUCCAAAAAUGAGGGGAUCAGUCUUUGAAUCUUGUUCUAGGGAACCAAAAAGUUGGAUCUCUCUACUGCUUCCUUUUCGAAAUCUGUAACUUCUAUUUUCUGUUGAUGGACUUUGAAGGUCUCUUUUCAUCAAUCCAUCUUUACUUUUGCCAUCUUUAA